UCUUCCGUUAUAUUGUUUAAUUUUAUAAAAGGAUGACGACGCCACAUUUUUCCCGGUUCAACGCUCUCACAAAUUUUCAUUUGAUUUGACCAACGACUCGCCUCAUGGAUUUGACGGAGCUGAAAACGGCGGUGGAGGAAGCGGAGCUCGUCGACGCCCACGCCCACAACAUCGUCGCCGCCGACUCCACCAUCCCCUUCAUCAGCUGCUUCUCCGAAGCCACCGGCGACGCCUUAUCCUACGCACCCCAUUCCCUCUCCUUCAAGAGGAAUUUGAAGGAUGUCGCCGAGCUCUACGGAUCGGAAAAAACCUUGCAUGGAGUAGAAGAACACCGGAGACUCGCCGGAUUGCAGGCAAUUAGCUUGGCGUGCUUCACAGCUGCAAGAAUCUCUGUCAUUCUCAUUGAUGAUGGGUUGAGGUUUGACAAGAAGCUCGACAUAGAUUGGCAUAAAAAUUUCGCACCGGUUGUUGGCCGGAUUUUGAGAAUUGAGUAUUUGGCUGAGGAAAUUCUCAAUGAAGAAUUGCCCAGUGGAUCGUCUUGGACACUGGAUUUGUUCACCGAAAAGUUUGUUGGAAAAUUGAAAUCAGUUGGCAAUAAGAUUUUUGGCUUGAAAAGUAUAGCUGCAUAUCGCAGUGGCCUGGAAAUUAAUACAAAUGUUACUAGGGAAGAUGCUGAGGAAGGUCUUGCUGAUGUGUUACGUGCUGCACAGCCCGUUCGCAUAUCAAAUAAAAGUUUUAUCGAUUUUAUCUUCACUCGUAGUUUGGAGGUUGCUCUGCUUUUUGACUUGCCCAUGCAGAUACAUACGGGUUUUGGUGAUAAAGAUUUGGAUAUGCGGCUAUCCAAUCCUCUUCAUCUUCGGGAUGUUCUUGAGGACAAGAGAUUUUCUAAAUGCCAUAUAGUUCUUUUACAUGCAUCCUACCCAUUUUCAAAAGAAGCAUCAUACCUAGCCUCCAUUUAUCCCCAGGUGUACCUUGACUUUGGGUUGGCUGUCCCUAAGCUCAGUGUCCAUGGGAUGAUAUCUUCUGUCAAGGAACUUUUAGAGCUAGCUCCAAUUAAGAAGGUGAUGUUUAGCACUGACGGCUACGCAUUUCCUGAAACUUUCUACUUAGGUGCAAAAAAAGCACGUGAAGUUGUUUUCUCUGUCCUACGGGAUGCUUGCACUGACGGUGAUCUCUCAGUCCCUGAAGCUAUUGAGGCUGCUAAAGACAUAUUUUCACAAAAUGCGAUUCAGUUUUACAAGAUUAAUUAUGCUGUAAAAUCUUCUGGUUCAAAUAAUUAUGUAUCACUGGACUUCACGAAGGUGAACAGUAAUGACUCAGAAAAUGAUGUCUCACUUGUUCGUGUUAUGUGGGGUGAUACUUCAGGACAACAGAGAUGCCGUGUUGUUCCCAAAAAGCGAUUCAAUGAUGUUGUUAUAAAAAAUGGUAUUGGUUUGACUUUUGCUUCUAUGGGAAUGACUUCAUUAGUUGAUGGUCCGGCUGAUGAGACUAAUUUGACUGGAGUGGGUGAGAUCAGACUCAUGCCUGAUUUAUCGACUAAACGGAAAAUUCCAUGGGUAGAACAAGAGGAGAUGGUUUUGGCCGAUAUGCAUCUAAAACCGGGUGAAGCAUGGGAAUACUGCCCAAGAGAAGCCUUACGUAGGGUUUCAAAAAUUUUGAAAGAUGAUUUUAACUUGGAUAUGAAUGCAGGAUUUGAGAAUGAGUUUUUUCUCUUGAAAGGUAUACUAAGGGAUGGGAAGGAGGAAUUGGUCCCAUUUGACUCAACACCCUACUGCUCUGCAUCAGCAUAUGAUUCUGCUUCUUAUUUAUUUCACGAAAUUGUUCCUGCUCUUCAUUCAUUGAAUAUUACUGUGGAGCAGUCGUAG